GCCUUUUGGUUAGUGAUGUGUAAUCCGAGUCGAUUAACUGUAGUCAAUCAACUAAGCAGGUCCCAUCUCCCGCCAUUGUUGGAAAAAACCUAUAAUUCAGCAUUUAUCGGCACAUUUCAAACGACACAAUGUGGAAUAAUCAAGAUGGUUUCCAAAAUCAAGGUGGAUUUUCUUCGCCAGGAGGAUUUGGAACUCCUCAACAGUCCGAUGAAAGAAAGGCAUCUCAAAAGCCUCAGUAUGUCGCACCAGUGACGAUUGCUGAAAUAAUCAACUCUCAAAUAGCUGAUGAAAAGUUCUACAGUGGUGACAUGGAGAUUUAUCAGGUGACAAUUGUGGGGCUUGUGAGAUCAGUGAAGGAGUCUGCUACCAGGCUGGAUUAUGAAGUGGAUGAUCUCUCUGGGCCACCUCUAGAAGUGAAACAGUUCGUGGAUAAUGAUGAGUCUGUACCAGAUGAGGAAAGGGUGAAAGCGAUGAGAGAGAAUACAUAUGUGAGAGUUCGGGGCACUGUGCGUUCAUUUGGUGGCAAGAAAAGCAUAGUAGCGACCAAGAUUACCCCCGUCACGGACAUGAAUGAGCUCACAUACCACAUACUGGAAGUUGUACAUAGCCAUGUGACUUUCAAUGCUGCUAACGGUGAUGCAGGUGCGUCUACCAGCAAUGUGAGACAGGGAGGUGUUACCACCAUGAGCAACGGAGGGGACCACAACAACGACAUGGUCAGUGGCCUGACCUCAAUACAGAACCAGGUGAGGGUAGCGAUUCGUAAUGACAUGUCCUCAGAAGGGGCAAGUGUGGACGCUGUAUGUAGACAGAUGAGGGGAGUACCAGAGAAAGCCAUCAGAGAGGCGAUCGAUUUCUUGAGCAGUGAAGGACACAUCUACUCAACCAUUGACGAUGAUCAUUAUAAGGCAACUGACAGCUGAACUGGCCAUGCAUGAAGACUGUUGCGGAUGUGUGAAGUAGUGCUUUGUAAAGAUAAUUAUGUUGAAGGAAAUGUUCCAGGCCCAUACUGACAUAAGGCAGGCAUGGUCAUGUUGUUUGUGCAUUUUUUUUACAUUUCAUUAUUCAUAUGAAAAUCUGAGUCUGAAUAAACCAUUUGUUUUGUUAUGAUUAACCUUGUCAGAUGUAGAAAUAUUUGAUUUAUAUGAAAUUGCAUGCAUUAAAACUGUCCUAAAAAUGUUUUCUGCAGUGGAUAAGAGGAUUUCAUUGACAGAACUGAUUUGAUAUUGAAGACAUUCAUGUACUUAACAGGAAAAAAAUGUGUCUAAACAUUUGUGUAAAGUUGCUCUGCAUUCACAUCGUAAUUAUUUAAAAGAUGAAUUUUUACAAAUGAGA